AUGAAUCGAACUGACAAGAGUACGGCGAAGCAAAACGAACUAAUUGCUACUAUUUUCGAACAACUUCAAAGUCUAGCUCACGAGUUUAGAAACUUUGGAAGUAAUAUUGAGCAAAACAUUAACAAAAUAAAAGAAUUUACGGAAACUAGUGAUAAAAACCGGGCCAAGGAAAUACGUGCGGCGGCAUACGACAGCACAAUUACCACCACUCGACACCAGCUAACACCGGACAACGGCAGCGCAGUGGUUAGCGCCUUAGGAGUGAAAUACGACACUGAAACCGACCAGCCACAGAUCAGCACCCACUUAAAAACCGGUGCCGAGAACGUGACAGACGACGGAACCGACGGACCAGACGCUUUACAAAGACCACGAAUUAGUCACGUCACGAUUAGACAAAGAAACGACUGCGGCAAACAACAAGGCCUCCAAGCAGGAGAGGCCAUACGAACUAUUGAGACACUACGGGGUCAAGACGACGUAGGUGUUGAAGAUUUUAUCAGUCCCCAAACAAUUAGUACCAACUACUGCAGGAACAAAUUGAAAAAUUUAAAACAAGGAACAACAGAAAGCGUACAAUCCUUCAACUCCAGAUUUCGACGACAGCUCAAUGAGUUAAAUUAUGCAGUUCAACACGAAAACCGCGAGCCGAUUGAACGACGCGUAGCUUUGGAUAUUGACGAACGCGAAGCAGUAAAGACAUAUUUGCUCAAUUUACGAUACGAAAUAGGACAGGUGUUAUUAGCUAGCGAUCCGAAAAACCUGAACCUCGCCCAACAAUUAGCAGCCGAUAAAGAACAAUGGUUGCGAGAAGCAAAUCGUGUCUCCCACCGCCCAAAAAAUCAAUUUAAUAACACUACGCACGUAUUUAAACGAAGUGCUACCAAUCUACAGCCACAAACUUUUAGCCGACCAUCAAGUGACCGAAUGAAAUUAAAUUGUUCCAAGUGCUCUCGAAUCGGACACACAGCCGAGAUGUGCUCUCUCGAAAUUUUCCAUUCGGCAACCAAGGAACGACCUCACCUCGAGUAAACCAAACAACGGAG